AUGGCUGCAAUAUCGAAUUUUGAAAUAUUACCCGAAGAAAUUACAUUACAUGUAUUUCAAUAUCUUAGUUGUGCCGAUAUUAUCUAUGGUUUUUAUAAUCUGAAUACUCGUUUCAAUUCGACAAUAACCUAUUUUUGUCAUUCUAUGAAUCUUAUUGGUGUAACAUAUAAACAAUUUGAUUGUAUUUUAUCGAAUAUUUUACCUCAAAUAAGCUCCAAUAUUCGAUCAUUUGUGGUUAAUGGAAAUUGGGCUAGUUUCAUAUCGAAUAAAUUACAUGCAACACGCUUUGAGUUGACUUUAUCGUCGAUGUUUCCAAAUUUGUAUUCGUUGAUACUUGAAUGUUUCAUUGAUACAGAUCUAAUCAUAUUUCUUAAAGAAAUAAGAGAUCUCAAGUAUCUUGUAAAACUUGAUAUAAAACGUCUCACAGGUCGAUGUUCAAGUGAAUUAUUGAAAAAUAUUUUGACUGCGAAUAAUGGUCGGCUCAAAUCUGUAUUGUUCGAUCAGGAUUCCAUCUUUUUAAGUUUGAAGACAAAUGAUAAAAACAUUAUAUGUUCGAACAUUGAAGAAUUGACACUCAACUUGAUUGAUUGCGAUAUGUUAGGAGACCUAUUCAAACUUAUACCAAAUGUGCACCGUUUACGUAUAAGUUUCGGACAAUCACCUGGCAUUUCAACAACAACAUUAAUGAAUGUGUCACCACUUAUUCAAUUGAAAGAUUUUGAAUUACAUUCGUAUGGUAUGUUUUGGGAAUUUAGCAACAUUGUCGAUAUAUUGUCUAAAAUGCCAUCUUUACAUAGAUUAACACUUGAUCUAUAUACAGAUGAUGAACGUCUUGUUAAUGGACAAAACCUUGUCAUUAUUCUACCAUUAUCUCUCGUCGAAAUUCAAUUGUUCAUUCUUUAUUACUUCUCGGAAUCACCUAUCAAAACUGAUAGUUUGCUUGCUACAUGGCCGAAACAUAUUCCAGUAUCAUGCUGGUUAAAUGAACCCGAUCAAUAUACUAUUAUUCAUACAAUACCUUAUAAUGUGCAUUCAAUAUUGAUACCAACAGCAAUAGGAGGCUGGGCUUCGAGUGCUCAUGAAUCCUAUUUGAAAAAUUCUUCGAUCUACACUAUAAAAGCAAUUGCAAAUUCGACUAUUGAAUCUUCGAAAUCUUCAGCUGAAGCAUUUGGUGUUAAUAAAUACUAUGCAACAUCAGAAGAAUUAGCACAAGAUCCAGACAUUGAUACUGUCGUUGUAUCUGUUAAAGUUCCGCUACAUAAAUCUCUCAUCAUGCCUACUCUCUUACAAGGCAAAAAUGCUAUCGUUGAAUGGCCUCUUGGACGAAAUCUUCAAGAAGCAGAGGAACUUACUCAAUUGGCUCGUUCAAAAGGUGUAAAAACAAUGGUAGGACUACAAGGACGUCAGUCUUCUGUUGUCAAGAAGAUGAAAGAGAUAAUUAGUUCUGGAAAGCUUGGCAAAAUAUUGUCUACACAUCUGUAUGCAGGAGGUAUAGCUUGGGGUGCUGCAGUAAAUGAAGGCAAUGCAUAUCUCGCUGACAUUGAAAAUGGAGCAAACAUGAUUACUAUACUUGGUGGCCAUUUAUUAGAUGCUAUGUGCUAUAUCUUGGGAGAAUUUGAAUCACUUACCGCAACAACUCAUAACGCAAGAAAGACUAUCGAACUUCGGGAUGAAAAAGGAAACAAAAUUCGUGAUAUACCACUCACAUCUCAUGAUCAGAUGAGUGUCAGUGGAGUCUUGACUUCCGGUGCAUAUGCAUCAGCUCAUUUACGUGGUGGAUCAUACAAAGGUACGAAUUUAUUGUGGGAAGUUGAAGGUACUCAUGGUGAAUUACAAGUUAGAGGACCAAAUGGACACCUGCAACUCUCUUUCCCAACACUUUACGCAAGCUUCGAUGGCGAAGAUAUGAUAGAAAUUGCAGUACAUGAUGAACAAGGUACUCAUAUCAACGUUGGAAGAGCAUAUGACGAUGUAUUUGAUAAUCUCUGUUGGCCACAAACUCGUGCCAAUCAUUUAAUUACUAUUUCAUGUUCAUCAUUGGCUAUGCCAGGAGUUGACGAAAGAAAAUUUGUCACUCGAGAUUGCCUUUCAACAGGAGAAUGGUCAUCUGUUUCAUAUGAAUCCUGUAUUUAUCCGGAUAUAUGGGAUUCAGUGAAGAAAUUUUAUAUGAUAAGAGUAGUUCAACUAAGAAAACCUUAUACGGAUAUUUUUCAAGCAGUGCGUAUUAUUGAAUUAAUUGGGUUAUCAGUAUCAUUUAUCAGUAUACUUGUUUCGUUUAUAAUCUUUUUUAAUUUGAAAAAUAGAUCUCAUUACUAUAGUCAUACAAAAAUUCAUUUUAAUCUUUUAUUAACAAUACUUAUUCAAGUAAUCGCUCGAAUAAUUAAUUACGGAAUUCAAGUGAAAAAAUCUAAAAGUUCUUCACAAAUAGAAUCAAUACAAUGUAGUGUUGAUGAAAGUAUUCAUAUUCAUGAAACUCCAUCUAUAUUGAAAAAUAUGUGUCCACUAAUACUCAUAUUUUCACAACUUAGUAUAACAUCUAUGUUUAUGUGGAUGCUUUCUGAAGCUAUUUAUUUAAAUAAUGUAAUAACAUUUCGUCCAUAUUACAAGAGUUCUACAACAUCAUAUUUUUAUAUACUUGGAUGGUUUGUACCAUUUUGUAUAACAUUAGGUUGGAGUAUGAUUAUGUUUAUUAAACAACAUGGUAAAAAACUUAAAUGUUGGGAAAAUUAUCAACAUCUUAAAUAUUUUCGGAUGAUUGAUGGGCCUCGCUAUGUAGUAAUGAUUAUAAAUUUUAUUGUCUUAUUGAAUGUAAUACGAAAUCUGUUUCUUAAAACUCGAUACGAUUCAGAGAUACAAAUACGUGAUGCGGAACAUCGUCGAAGCUCUAUGAAUACAAAAUUUGUUAGAAAAGCAAUAAAACCAGCUAUUUUUCUAUCAUUUUUAUUGAGUAUUACACAUAUACUUAACAUAUUUGUAUCACCAGGUAAAAAUUACUGA